AUGGACAAGAGUUGGAUGCAAAUCUCUGAUAGAUUUGGAUCUACGGAAUAUGCUAAAGGAGUAAAGGAGUUCCUUACCUUAGCCCAAACUUAUGCUACAAAAGAAGAUUUAAUCAUAAGUGAUGAUGAUGAUAAUGUACAUGAUCCUGAUGAAGAGGAUGACUUCAUUGAUGAUGUUGAUGUUAUGUUACGAGAUAUUCGGGCUGCGGGAUUUCCUGAUGUUCCCAUAAGCGAUUCAUUCCAUGCUGCGGGUUCCACAUCGGUCGAUACAUUUUCAUCUCGGACUUUUGACCAGCUGUUGGCUGAUUCCCGGCAUCCUCUUUAUGAAGGUUGUACAAAGUAUUCUAAACUAUCAUUCACUGUCAAGUUGUUGCACAUUAAAACACUUGGUGGUUGGAGUGUAAAGUCUUUCGACAUGCUUUUACACUUGUUGAAGUUGGCUUUUCCCAAUGCCCUUUUGCCAAACUCAUAUCAAGAAUCACAUAACUUGGAAAAAGGGCUGGGCUUUACUUACACCAAGAUACAUGUUUGUCCGAAUGACUACAUACUUUAUUGGAGGGAAAAUGUGGAUAAAGAUGAGUGCUCGAAGUGUAAACUUUCAAGGUGGAAAUUCAGUAACACUAAGAAGAGGCGAAUUCCUCAAAAGGUUUUAAGACAUUUUCCGUUGAAGCCAAGGUUGCAGAGAUUGUUUAUGUCACAAAAAACAUCAGUUGAUAUGCGGUGGCACAAGGAUCAGCGUGUCAUUCAGCAAGAUAUUCUAAGUCAUCCUGCUGACUCUGAGGUGUGGACUACAUUUGAUCAAGAGCAUGCUUGGUUCGCAAAAGAUCCAAGAAAUGUCAGGCUUGGUUUAGCUAGCGAUGGUUUCAACCCAUUUAAUAAUUUGGCUAAACCUUAUAACGUAUGGCCAGUGAUUCUUGUCCCUUACAACUUACCUCCGUGGUUGUGCAUGAAGGAUCCAUUUUUUAUCACUUCACUCUUGAUUCCUGGACCAAGAUCACCAGGAAAUGAAAUCGAUGUUUAUCUUCAGCCUUUCAUAGAUGAAUUGAUUGAUCUAUGGGAUAAUGGUGUUGAUACAUACGAUGCAAAGGCCAAAGAGACUUUCAGAUUGCAUGCAGUGUUGCUAUGGACAAUCAACGACUUUCCUGCUUAUGGAAACCUUUCCGGGUGGAGUAUUAAGGGGAAGAUGGCAUGUCCAUCGUGCAAGGAAGAAACAGAUUCGAUGUGGUUGCCAUAUAGUCGAGAGCAUUGUUACAUGGGUCAUCGCCGAUUCUUGCCACCGGGCCACAUCUGGAGAAAGAAAAAGAUUAUUUUUAAUGGCAGUGCAGAGUAUCGUGAUCCACCUACAAUGUAUUCAGGAGAAGAUGUGCUCAUUCAAAUCCAAAAUAUUCUUGAUGCAAAUUUUGGCAAAGCUAUAAAGAAAAGAAAGCAUACCACAGAGGAGUUCAAUUGGACCAAGAAAAGUAUCUUCUUUCAAUUGCCAUAUUGGUCGACUAUAAAGAUUAGACAUAAUCUAGAUGUAAUGCACAUUGAGGAGAACAUAUGUGACAACAUCUUAGGAACUUUGAUGAAUAUCUCUGGCAAAACUAAAGAUCAUCCUAAUGCACGUCGUGACCUUUCCACUCUCAAUAUAAGGGAGGAGUUACACCUUAUUCAGGAUGGACAACACAUUAGUAAGCCACAAGCAUGUUAUACGUUGUAUGGAGCUGAGUGGACUAGUUUUUGUAAUUGGUUGCAUGGUGUGAAAUUCCCGGAUGGCUUCGCUUCAAACAUUGCCAGAUGUGUUAGUGUAAGUGACUACAAAAUCUCGGGGAUGAAAAGUCAUGAUUGCCAUAUUUUCAUGCAAAGAUUAUUUCCUGUUGCAAUUUCUGGAUACUUACGCCAAGAUGUACGGUUGGCACUAACUGAGCUAAGCACUUUCUUCAAAGAAUUGUGUGCUAGAACAUGUAAGAAGGAAGUCUUAGCGCGGCUUCAAUCUGAUAUCAUCGUUAUUCUUUGCAAGCUUGAGAUGAUUUUUCCGCCUACCUUUUUUGACAUAAUGGUGCACUUAGCCUAUCACUUGCCACGUGAGGCCCUGCUUGCAGGGCCAGUUCAAUAUAGGUGGAUGUAUCCUUUCGAGAGAUAUCUCGAAAAAUUCAAGAGAUAUGUUAAGAAUAAGACCUACCCGGAAGGUUCAAUAGCUGAGGCCUAUAUCCAUGUUGAAUGCUUGAAUUUUUGUUCCAUGUACCUCCAUGAUAUUGAAACUAGAUUCAAUCCUCCUGAACGUAAUGUCGAUGAAGGAGAAGAGGGUGUACGAGAGGGACUAUCUGUUUUUUCACAGAAGGUGCGACCCAUGGGUUUUGCAUCACGUCACCAAUUAGAUGAUGAUGCUUUUAUAAAAGCCAGAUGGUAUGUUCUUAAUAACUGCACAGAGAUUGGAGAAUACCUAAAGCUUUUGUCUAGUGAGCACUACAUGCAAGUGAGUGAAGAGUAUCCCAAUAAUGCCGAUAGUAUGCAUGCUGCAAAAUUUUCAGACUGGUUCAAGUCACAAAUUCAAGCUAGGCGUGCUGAUAAUCCUGAAGAAGUUUCGGAUGAUCUAUAUGCCUUAGCAUGUGGUCCUGACCCUUAG